ACAAGAACACAUAGUGACAUGACAUAGGACGCCAAAACAAGUACUUCGCGUACAAGAUUUUACGCCCACAAAAGAAGAAAAACAACAACAAAAAAAUCACCAAAACCAAAAAAGAGUAUUUUUGGAGACCAAAAUAUUGCGUCAAAAUUCACAAAAAUUCCUUGCCAUUUUUAUUUCUCUCUGAAGAAAUCUUUUCUGAGAACCAUGUCUUGCUGUUUAUGUCAAAAACCUUCAAUUUGGAUCGAACCCAUUAAUAAUUUGAAGAAGAAUUCUGCAAUAAUUCCUCUAAGAAGAGCCCAAAACGUCGUCGUUUCACGUAUGAUUAAUCAGAGGUUUAAUUUCAAGGUCCAAGCUUCUAUGGUGGGUUCUUCUUCUUCAUCAGAUAACUCCUCAAAUUUUGCUAAUCGCAUUGAACAAGCCUGGUUAAUUACUCAGCAACCUACCCCUAUUGCUUGCUCUUCUUGCAGCUCGAAUGGGCAUGUCGAAUGCAAAUGGUGUGCAGGUACAGGUUUCUUCAUUAUCGGUGAUAACAUGCUAUGUGAAGUUCCAUCCAGAAACACUACUUGUGUCAUAUGUGCUGGAGAGGGUUCAACUCAAUGUAGCGAUUGUCAAGGGACUGGAUUUCGUGCAAAGUGGUUAGCAAAUCCACCAAUCUACAAGAAGUAGAUGUUGCUUCUGUUGUAUAAGUACAUAGUUGUUUUAGAAAUUAAGAGGUUACAUGUUUCUGAUAUUUGUUUUGUUGUAUUACAUUUCUUAUUCUGAUUCAAACGAAAUCUGAGUAAGAACCACAGUAUCAUUAUUUGAUUUAAAAUAUAAUAGAAUUAUUCUGACCACACAACA